UCGCGUCGGGUAGUUACGCGUAGCUGCACGCGCACUGUUCAACAGAUCGCUCUCCCCUCGCAGCGACUCGGCGGAGGCAAAACAAAAAAAAAAAAAACGGGGAACGUUUGUGGACACUUGACAGCUUUCCGAGACUGCUAUGACAUCUCGCAGGUGGUUCCACCCCAACAUCACCGGAAUCGAAGCAGAGCAGCUCCUGUUGACCCGGGGCGUCCACGGCAGUUUCCUGGCCCGGCCCAGCAAGAGCAACCCGGGGGAUUUCACCCUCUCCGUCAGGCGCUGCGAUGAGGUGACACACAUUAAGAUCCAGAACUCGGGCGACUACUACGACCUGUACGGAGGCGAGAAGUUCGCCACGCUGGCCGAGCUGGUGCAGUAUUACACCGAACAACAGGAUUUGCUGCGCGAGAGGAACGGCCAUGUCAUCGAGCUCAAGUACCCCCUCAACUGCAAGGACCCCACCUCCGAGAGGUGGUACCACGGGCACCUGUCCGGGCGAGAUGCAGAGAAACUGCUCACGGACAAAGGCAAAGCCGGUAGCUUCCUGGUGCGGGAGAGCCAGAGUAAACCGGGCGACUUUGUUCUCUCAGUGCUCACCAACGAGGAGAAACACGACAACGUGGACCGCAAGACCAAGGUCACCCACGUCAUGAUCCGCUACCAGGACGGUAAAUACGACGUGGGCGGCGGUGAGAGGUUCGAAACCCUGGCCGACCUGGUGGAUCACUACAAGAAGAACCCCAUGGUGGAGAAGAGUGGAAUCGUAGUGCACCUCAAACAGCCCUUCAACGCCACGAGGAUAAACGCAGCCAACAUUGAGAACCGGGUACGAGAGCUCAACAAAGUAGCAGACAACUCCGAAAAACCCAAACAGGGAUUCUGGGAAGAAUUUGAGGUACUUCAGCAGCAGGAAUGCAAACUGCUGUAUCCCCGGAAAGAAGGCCAGAAGCCAGAAAACAAGAGUAAAAACAGAUACAAGAAUAUCCUCCCCUUCGACACAACUCGGGUGGAACUCAGGGAGACGGAUCCAGAUGUUCCUGGUUCAGACUACAUCAAUGCCAACUACAUCAGAAGUAUGCACGAAGAGGGGAGCCUCGUGGACGAGGGCAAGGUUUUCAUCGCCACCCAAGGGUGCCUACAGAAUACGGUCGUCGAUUUCUGGAAGAUGGUGUAUCAGGAGAAUACGCACGUCAUCGUCAUGACCACGAAGGAGAUCGAGCGAGGGCGGAACAAAUGUGUCCGUUACUGGCCCGACCUCCACGGCACCAAGGAGUUCGGGAAGGUGCUGGUGAGGAACGUGGACGAGCGGCCCGCGCAAGACUACAUCUUGAGGAAGCUGGAAGUGACCCGUCUGGACCGGAAGGAGCCUCUGAGGUACAUCUGGCACUACCAGUACCUGAGUUGGCCGGACCACGGUGUGCCCAAUGAGCCCGGCGGCGUCCUCUGGUUCCUGGAGGAGGUCAACCGCACCCAGAGUACCAUUCCAGACACCGGACCCAUCGUCGUCCACUGCAGUGCAGGCAUCGGCAGGACAGGCACCAUUAUCGUCAUUGACAUCCUAAUUGACGUGAUUAACCGCCAAGGUCUAGAUUGCGACAUCGACGUGCCUAAGACCAUCCAGAGGGUGAGGCAGCAGAGGUCGGGCAUGGUGCAGACUGAAGCCCAGUAUAAGUUCAUCUACAUGGCUGUGCAGCAGUACAUAGACACGGCUCAGAAGAGAGUGGAGGAGGAGCAGAGGAAUAAGAUGAAGGAGAGGGAAUAUUCUAAUAUCAAGUAUCCCCAGAUGACCAACUCGAGGUCCAAGCCCAACGUGGCAUCAUCGCGCUCCUCUUCUGUGGUGAUGACAAACGAUGACUCGUCGAGUGUUUACGAGAACAUCAACUUUAAAAGCCCUCAGACGUCUUUCAGCAGCAACACCAGGAGAUAAACCGCUGUGGACCUCCGCUUCUCUCUGACUGCCUCUCUUUCCAGCAGAGGCGUCGCUUCAUCGGCGGACAGAAACGCCCACGAGGGAGCGCGUCGCUCUGCCGACACCCGACACCAGCGGACCCGUCCUGGGCUGGAGGUGGUGAGCUGCCCGUCCUGCUGGACCGUCUGGAGUCCAACCGCACCCUCCAUGGAGAGGAUGCCUCUACAGCGUGGUGCUCUCGCUCAGGGCCCCUGCCCCCCCCUCUUUCUCCCCCAUUACCUCUCCAGCCUCUCCCUCUCUUAACCAGCGCAAGUGCCUUGUCACAAGAUGUGUCUGUAAAUCUAGCCUCCCCCUAACCUGCUGUUACACCUCUACUGUUACUACUUUCCGUGUCCUGGGCAUCCAAUUUAACGCGAGACAGCAAGAGGGAUAUGAAACAUGGAGUCCGUCCCGGCCUGAACCGAGCAGAACCGUACGGGCCCCAAGGAGAGGUCAAAGCCGAGCUUUCUUCUCUGUCUGCCUGCUGCCAGAAGGCACUCUGUUUGCUUUCCCUCUUUCUCCGUCUUCGCUGGCUUUCAUUUGAACUCAAACCCUCAGACUGUUUUUGCUCUCCAGCUGUGGUGGUUAUUAACGUGGCUGCUGAGUGAUAGCAAGGGCAGUUAUGUAACCUGCUGUAGGACCCUGAGGCACAGGCAAGGCAAGCAAGCCAUCUUCCUCAAAAUUGACACAAUAAUUUCAGGUUCUCAUAUAUAGAUUUAUUUUCUUUUUUGAAGAUGUGACUGAUUGUCAAAGUUUUCUUUUUGUUAAAGAGUUUAUGUAAUCUCAAAUCAGACAUUCUGUACUUGAACAGAGCUUGAGGCCAUUUGUGGUUUACUUCUUGUGGUUAUAGGAACAUAAGCACAAGAAGUCCUGUCUGUCAUCUGAACGUGGUCUCCAGCUGGGCCCCCUUUGAGUACAAACUCAUGUGUAGUUUUUAUCAUUUUUUGUGGUUUAGAUUAAUAUUCUUGGUAUUAUAUAUACAUAUACACACUAAAGUGGAAAAGGUCACUUUGAAAGCACAAUUGUAGUCUGAUUUAGCCGUAGAUUGUAAAAGUAGUUUGAAGUUCACAUUGGACCGGGAGGUGGGGAGGAUUCCUGAAUGGACGUUUGGAGUUUAGCGUGGCUUACGCUUCGUUGUCCUCGUUAAUCGGCACGUCUGAUGCAGUUCAACAUCUGUCGGAGGAGAUCGUCACAAGGAGACACGGGAAAGAGGGGGAGGCGAUUACAGAUGGCCAUCUGCCUGAGAUUGAAGAAUAGAUUUGACUCCAAAAAGUAAUUUAGAAGAUGGCCAUAAUCCGGCUUGAUGAUGGUGGGGCGAGUAAGCCGACGUCACUGAUGCUGAUGUGAUAACGAAGAAGGUGGUGCCGUGGAGCACUGAGCCCUCUGCACUGUCUGCCAGAUUGUUUGCUAUUUUUAGCCUCCGGGGUCGGCACCAAAAUACUCAAAUACAAUCGCAGAUGCGUCGGUGAAAUCUGACCGAGUGCUUUUAAAAGGUAAUGACGUAAUA